AUGUCGCAAUCCGCUCUCCUCAUCGGAGAAAUCACACACGCGCGCAAGGAGUGGGAGAGCAUCUCUUCACUCCUAGAAUUGAAGGAAUUUCCCAGCGGAACCAGAGAGGAAUUCAUCGCGAACUGCAAGGCGGGACAGUAUGACGAUGUGGUGGCUCUCUACAGAUCCAACAACUCCACCAAGUACACCGGUCCCUUCAAUGCCGAGAUGGUCGCAGUUCUCCCCAAGUCUCUGAAGUAUAUUUGCCACAAUGGUGCGGGAUACGACAACAUUGAUGUCCCUGCUUGCUCUGAAAGGGGCAUUGCUGUGUCCAGUACCCCCGUUGCAGUGAACAAUGCGACAGCCGAUGUUGGCAUCUUUUUGAUGAUUGGUGCUCUACGCCAAGCCCAUGUGCCUAUUACUGCUCUCCGGGAAGGGAAGUGGCAAGGCCCAAUCACCGCAGGCGGACGGGAAUACCGCACCUCCCUGGGUCACGACCCUAAGAAUAAGAUCCUCGGAAUCCUGGGUAUGGGGGGUAUUGGUCGGGAAAUGGCCAUCCGAGCCAAGGCCUUCGGAAUGAAGAUUCAAUAUCACAACCGCUCCCGUCUCCCCGCUGAUCUCGAAGCCGGCGCCACAUAUGUUUCCUUCGAUGAGCUGCUCGCCAAUGCAGACGUGCUCAGCCUGAACCUGGCUCUGAACCCAUCCACACGCCACAUCAUUGGCGCAACCGAGUUCGGCAAGAUGAAGGACGGCGUGGUCAUUGUCAACACCGCGCGUGGUGCGCUGAUUGACGAGAAGGCGUUGGUUGCUGCACUUGAAUCUGGAAAGGUGCGCUCCGCUGGUCUGGAUGUGUACGAGUGCGAGCCCCAGAUCGAGCCUGGUCUGAAGGAUAUGGAGAUUCUGGUGUUGGAUAAUCUGCGAUCGGCUGUUGAGAAGGGUGAGCUAAUUACGCAGGUUCCUGAGCAGAAGAAAUAG